CACCACUUAACAACAAACAUGUGCUUCUAAGCUACGAAUGAAUAUAUAUAUAAAGCGUUAAAGUCUAUAGUUAAGUAACCGAGGGUCUAGAUCACGGUAAAAGAAUCUACAACCCCCUCCAAGAGAUUUAAGCCUCUCUCCUACAUUCUUCAUUUUCUUAAACCUACGAUGUAUUUGAAAUACUCAGUUGGCAUUUAGUGCCGGAGAUGUUAACUACGUCUACCUGAAGUAUUAUAUCACUAUGAGUUAAUUAUUAUUUAUUGCAAUAAACUGUGAUCCAGUGAACUGAUUUAUCUUAAUUGUUAAUAAAUUAAACUUUUUAAAAUUAAUUUAGUGUUAUUUAUUUAAUUUUAAUUUUAAUAAAUAAAAUUUUAAAUGCAUAAUUAAAAUUUAGUUAAUAAAAAUGUCUUAUCCAAAUAAUUAUGACGCAGUAUUUUAUACUGGUAUUUCAAAUGAUUUUAAAAAUGAAAAUAAAGAUAAUAAAAAUGACAACAAUAGUGACAACAUUAUAAUUAAUAGCAAUGAAAUAGUCAAUGAUGAUGAUGACGAUAAUAAAAAAUUUUUAAAAAUUGGUGAUGAAAAAAUAAAAACUGAAACAAUUGACAUAAAACCGUCAAUUGACAGUAAGGAUUUUAAAUUAAAAGUUAUUGAAUUUCAUAGUGAUAUUGAAUAUAAAAAAAGAUUUAAAAAAAUAACAUUAUUGCCAAUUAAACGUACAAGUUUCAAAGACAUACCGUGGUCAAUGGAUCCACGAAAAAUACGUCAGUGUAUGAGAGAGUGCCUUGAAUUAUUAUUAAAAAUAGUACCUAAAUAUGAUGAUACUGUGAAUUGUGAUAGUUAUUAUUCGUUUUUAAAAUCACGAACUCAAAUUAAAAUUACAUUAUUUAAAACAAGUGCUAAAGAAAACAUUGUUGUGAGUGGAGAAAGAACUAAAAUAAUUGAACUAAAUAUUGCAGCGAAAGAAAAAAUUUUAAUAGACAAUUUGGAAAAUUUCAAUGACACAAGUACUUUGGAUCUUGAACGGUCAAAAAGACCGAAUAGCAGUAAAAAUGAAAAAAUUAGCAAGGCAAAUAAUGAAACUUCUGAAGAUAUCGAAGAUGAAUCUGAACGUACGGAAGUAUCUUUAGAUCAAGACAUAUCUGAAAGUUUAAGUAGUGUAUUUGAUAAUUAUGAAGAUAUUAGUGAACCAGAAAAUUUAAAUGAAUCUACAGAAAAUUUAAAUGAAACGACAGAAGAUCUAACUAAAACUUCCAAAAAUCUUACUGAGUCAAUAGAUGUUACUAAGCCUAUAGAAAAAAAUAUAAAUGAUAAAUCAAUUACUGAUUGCCCAGAAUUAUUAGAUGAAGCUGUAGGAUUAGCACCAAAUGUGCCUUGUAAAACUAAAAAAUUUGUUUUUAACUUGAAAAAGAAACGAUUUGGUGGGUCUCACAAUGAAAAAUCUAGCGUUGAUGAUUUAUCAGUAAAAAAUGUACCUGACGUAGAAAAAAACUCAGUAUCAUUGAAAGAAUCAUUGAAUUCUAAGUUCAAAAUAAAAGUUAAAAUAACACAUGAUAAAACGACAAACGAGUCACAAUAUUUUUUAAUUCAAAAUAAUAAUAAUAAUAAUAAUAAUAAUAAUAAUAAUUACAUUAAUAAUAAUAAUGAUGAUAAUGAUGAAAAUAGUAAUCACAAUAUAUCAGAUUUGAAUGAAACUGAUAAAAUCGACAACAAUUUCACUAAUGCCGAAUCGUCAGAAAAAACUAUGUCACCUGAGAAAAAUUCAUCAAGUCCAGAAGUAAUUGGUAAGCGACGUAUAUCACGAGUUAAUAAUUCAACAGUUAAAAAUAAAAAUAAAGAAAUUCAAGAUAAACUUAAACGAUUGAGAAAAAAAGUUAAAGUUGAUAAUAACAAGAAAUUUACUGGAAAAUUUAAAUUAAUUAAAUCAAGUGCAACAUAUAUUAAAAAGCCGCAAGUAAAUAUUAAUAAUAAUACUACUAAUAAUAAUAACAAUAUUAAUGAUAUAAUAAUAGAUGCUGGAAAGAGAUUGAUAAUAGAAACACCAACGAAUUAUGAUCGAAAGGAAUAUUAUACAAGUAAUCUAUCUGAUGUUUCAUAUUGGGUAAAAAGAAAAUUUGUGCGUACAAGUGGUAAACUUGAAGCUAGUUUUGGUGAACCAAUUGAUGAAAAUGAGCGAGAAGAAAACGUUAAACUUAUUGCUGAAUCAGAGCAAGCAGCACGUGUGAGAAAUUCACGUCGUUCUGUUGAUUCAGGUAUUUCAAUACGUGAUACAUCGCCAGCCGAUUUGCCGAUACGUGACGACGAAAUCAUAGACAUGAGGUCACGUAGAGAAAAGUCUGUGGAGAGGAGGUCAAGAUCGAGACGCGGUAGUUCAGGUGAUCGACAUUCGUCGAGAUCUAAAAGUGGACAAUCGGAAAGAAGAACAAAUGAUUUAUUGAAACGUAUUGGAAAAUAUAAUAAAUAUGGAGUUAAUGAAAAACCUAAAACUACUAAUACUGAGCAAAUAAGAGAAAAAUUUUUACAAGCUUGCAGUGACAGGGAUAGUAGAUUCAGUAGAGAUCGUCCGAGAGAUAGAAGUACUAGAUCCGAUCGAGAGCGUUCGAGAGAGAGAAUUUUGAGAUCUGAUAGAAGUUUUUCCGAGGAACGAGGGUCGAGGUCUAAAAGAGACUAUUCGAAGGAAAAAAGAACAAGAUGUCAAAGAAGCCAAUCGGAAGAAAGAAGACCGAGUUCUAGACAACACACUAAAGAAAGAAGAUCGAAAUCAAAAGAUGAUCUUUCAGUAAGUGAUAAUUCAGAUGCUGAUGAAAGUAAAUUUUGUCGUAUUUUCAAACAAUUAGAAGUAAUAGCUCGUGAUGAGGCUAAUUAUUUCAAGAGCCUUCAAAUUAAUAUGCGUAAACGUAAAAGUUUGCGCCAAAGACAUGAUAGUAACAACUCAGCAAUUUGUUCUACUUCUAACGUUGAUUGUAGUCCAAUUAAAAUAUCUAGGAUAUCGUGUGAAAAUAACUCAAAUCAUAAAUCAAAUGUCACUAUAACAAAUUCACCUGAAAAUAUUCGUGUAGUAUCUAGUCCAGGCUUACCAUCUUUAUCACCGCUUCCAUGCGAUGGAAAUAAAGAUAAAAAUGUUGAUAUUAUAAGUAAUAAAGCAGAUGAAUCUUGUAAACUAGGUAAUGAUACACUAAAUUUACCUGUAAUUAAUAUUAUUACCAACGUUGUGAGUGAGAUUACCAAUCUUAAUGACACCAAUCAAGACUCUUUGCCUAAUUGUGAUGAUUCUUCUACUCCAGCACAAGUGACUGACAAUAUAACAUCUGAAAAUCAAUGUGAUGUAGAAAAUCAAAACAAUCUGCUCGAAAUACUCAAGAUGAUUGAUGUUGAUUUAGAAGAAUUCGAAUCAACUUGUAAAGAAUCUAUUGAAUCUUAUAAUUCAUUGAAUCAACAACAGCAAGACUUAUCACUACCCAACAACAUACAACUAGUGAAAUCAUCAGCUUCAUCUAAACAGCCAGAUGUAUUAGAACAAGUACAGUCAUCAGUACAGUCAGAAUCAUCAUUGAAAUUACAGUCAUCUAACAAUAAAAGUAACAGUAAACCCAACGUGGAAACUGAGUCAAAUGAAAUUGGCUUGGCGCUUGAUAAUGUUUCAAUUGAUAUAAAACAAGAAAUACUAUCACCUGAAGCUGUAGCCAGUACAGAUGUCGAGAGCACAUCAAAAGAAGAUAAUUCAGUGGCAGCUGAAGAAAACCCAACGGAACAAAAUCAACUAAUAGAUAAUUUAAUCGACUCAGUUGCUGGUCAGCUGACAGAAACUACGUCAACAUCUUCAGUGCCAUGGAUCCGAGCAUUUAGACCUACAGAGCUUGGUGCUAGAUCAGAUUGUUUUACUCCAGCGCCAUCAGAAAUACCAAUAAAUCAACAAAAUAUAUCAGCACCUCAACCAAAUAUACUGACACCUCAACAGAAUUUACCGAUACCUCAAGAGAAUUUAACGAUAACAGAAUCUCAAAGAUGUCAGUAUCCAGCUGGAAGUUAUCUUCCUCCUCAAGUGCCAUUUACACGAAAAACAGUCAAUAAAAGAAAAAAUAAAAGUAACCAACCCAAUAAAAUUAGUAAUAAUAAUUUACGUAUUUCUUCUGAAUUAUCAUACCCUAAUACGUUUUACAAUUCAAAUGAGAUGAAUCAAUUACCUUCACCAUCAUCAUCAUCAUUAACAUUAGCAACAACAUCAUCAACAGCAACAACAAUAACAACAACAGCAACAUCAUCAUCAUCAUCAACAGCAACACCAACAACAACAUUAUCAUCAACAGCAACUGCGGCAUCAACAAAUUCAGUAGUGACAACGACAGCAACAAUAACAACAGUAUCAGCAUCAACAUCCAUAAACAAUACAAGAUUACCAACAAACGUGAUAUCAAGUAAUACAGCGUUAACAUUAGAUACGAUUAUCCUACAUGCUAGGUUAGCUUUACAUGAGUAUAAUAUUUUACAUUCGAUGGGAAACCAACCAUCAACAUCACCAGUAAAUAUAAAUGCACAACAAGUAAAGAGAGACAUGAUAAAACACGUUACGGAAGUUGUUCAACUUUUAAAUCACUUGAGUUUUGAAAUUCAUUUAUCUGAUAAGUGUUCAAUUAUUGAUGUAGUUGCUGACUAUAGUGCAAAAGUAAAUAAACAAAUAAGACCUGAUCACAUAGCGCUCAUAUACGAUUUAUAUAAAAUCAACGUUCUACCAGGUGUUCCGAAUGUAAAUCAACCACCACCACCACCUUCGUAUGACCAAUCAGUGCAAUAUUCUAAUGCAUCAAGAUCAACUGUUACGCAAACAAAUAAUCAAAUAUUACCGAAUUUACAGCAAUUGUAUCAACAACAACAGCAACAACAACAGCAACAACAACAACAACAACAACAACAACAACAACAACAACGGUCGCAGUCAAUACAGCACUUGUCAAUGUAUGAGAUACAACAACUACAAUAUCAAUUGCAAAAACAAGAACAGCAAUUACUACAACGACAGCUAUUGUUGCAAAAACAACAAAAUCCAAGACAGCAACAAGCCCAGCAAUAUCAAAUACCACAGCAGCAACAAUUUCAACAAUAUAGAAAUCAACAAACGCAACAAUAUCAAAAUAUGCAACUGCAACAACAAGGACAACAAUGUCAAAUACAACAGCAACCGACACAUUUAUAUAACAUUUUACAAUCACAACAGCCACAUCAACAAAUACAACAAUUCGUAAAUCAGCCAUUACAACAACAACAGAUGCGGCAAUAUGUGAAUCAGCCAUUGCAACAACAAUUUCAACCACAACAUCAAGUUCCCCAACAAUAUCAAAAUCAGUCAUUUCAACAACAAUCUCCCCAACAAUACCAAAAUCAGUCAUUUCAACAACAACAACAGCGACGAACUAAAAAAUUUAGAAAUUUGCAGUCACAACAGCAUCAAACUCACCCACAACAACAAAUGCAACAACAUCAAAUUCAGUCGCAACAACAACAAGUGCAACAAUACCAAAUUCAGUCGCAACAACAAUUGCAACAAAAUCAAACCCAAUCGCAACAACAACAAGCGCAACAACAACAAGCGCAACAAUAUCAAACUCAGUCGCAACAACUACAACAACACCGACGACGAAAUCCAACUCUACAAGGAUUGCUUAGUAACUCUACAGUUUACUCUUCAACAGCUGAAAAUUCAUCGGAUUAUUCAACGUCAGUGACUGGAAAUGUAUCAGAAUAUCCAAUAGCAAAUAUUGGAAAUACAUCAGUAUAUCCAAUAACAGGUACAUGUGAAUAUUCAGCAACUAAUACUUCAAUGAAUUACCCAAUCGACGUAAAUCUACUGGGUAAUCAAACAAGAACAGUAUCUGGUAAUACAGCUGUCGGUGUUACGACAAAUAACCAUCCGGCAUAUCAAUCUUCAAUGUCUAUAAAUGCUCAACGAUAUCCGUCACCAAUGUCUUCAACUUCUCACUAUCAACCAUCGAUGCCAAUCAAUGUAUCUGGAUGUUCUCCUGUUAAUCUAAUUAGAUCUGCAUCUAAAUCCCCUGUUUCAGUAAGAUCACCAGCGUCUGGGCAAGUAUUAUCUCAAAUUCAAUCUUCAUCUCCAGUUCAAAAUGCAGCUUUACUUCGGACACAAUCUCCUAAUCAAAUUCGGCCUCUAAUUCAAACUCCAGCUUCAAUUCAAGCUCAAUUACAAAUGCAAACUCCAUCACAAAAUCAAAUUUCAUUUCGAGCACAUGCUCCCUCACAAAUGCAAACUCAAAUUCAAAAUCAAGCUCUAGUUCAAGUACAAGCUCCAGUACAAAAUCAAGCUUUACUUCAAAUACAAGCUCAGCAACAAAUGCAACUACAAGCUCCAGUACAAAAUCAAGCUUUAGUUCAAAUACAAGCUCAGCAACAAAUGCAAUUACAAGCUCCAGUACAAAAUCAAGCUUUAGUUCAAGUGCAAGCUCCGCAGCGAAUACAACUACGAGCUCCAGUACAAAAUCAAACUUUAUUUCGAGCUCAAGGUCCUCUACAAAUGCAAGCUCCAACUCAAACUUUAGCUUCGCUUCGAGCACAAGCUCCAACACACUCUCCAAAUUCUGCCCAAGUACAAAAUUUACCUCAAGCUCAAACUUCAACGUCUUUAUCAAAUCAAACAAUUAAUCAUCAGCAAGUCAAUAAUUCAUAUUGUAAUCAAACUCAAACUGAUAUAAAUAAUCAGUUUUACCCAAAAAAUAACUAUCCAUAUUUAUCUAGUGAUCAGCAUAGUAUAUAUAUUCAACAGACACAAGAUUACAAUAUUUUAAAUACACAAAACAUGAGUUUAUACAGACAACAAAUGACAGGUGCACAUGUUUUACCGCAAAACGCACAAACUGUCUAUUCAAAUGUUAAUCAAUAUCAAGUGAGUCAACCGUCUGCUACUAUUGUCAGUCAGAGUAUAACAGCGACAAUGGAAACUGGUGUAACUCAAGCUAACGCAGCAAUAGCACCAGCAGUAACAUCAUCAAGAGUCAACAAUACUCAUGAUGAAAGUAUCAAUCUGUUAACACAAAAUAAUAUCAAUAAUAGUCCAACUGGUGGUGCUGAUAAUUUAUCUAAAAAUAACGGUAGUAAAGUUAAAGUCGUUAGUGUGCAAAAUGUUACGAUUGAAAAUAAAAUUUCAAUACCAAUUAGUAAAAAUAAAAAAGUUGACAGACAAGCUACAGUUAUAAGAACUCAAGCAACAACAUUUGGCAGUAGCCAAGUUUCAGUGGUUGAAUCACAAUCUGUUAUUGAUAGUCAAACAAUGAAGAUUGAUAAUCAAACAACUGUUAGUACACACGCUUCUGCUGUCAGUAAUAAAUUUCCAAUUACUGAUAAUCAUGUUCCAGUUAUUGAUAAUAAUGUUCCAUCUUCAGUUAUUGGUAAUCAAGUUCAAGUUCCAAUGACUGAUAGUCAACCUGACAUUAGAUCGCAAUCUCUUGGUGAAACUCAAGCAUCAAUGAUUAAAAGUAAAUCUACUGUUAUUGAUAAUCAAUCUUCAGUUCAAAAUAAUAGUAAUGAAAUUAUAUCAAAUAAAGAAACAGAAAUUGCUCAUGUUAAAUCAGGUGGUAAUAAAGAACAAUUUAUUCCGAAUAUUCUUUUUAUCAUUCCUCCAGGAUAUAUAGUGCAAACACCACCUGUUGUAAAUCAAAGUGCAGGAGUUAUAAAUUUAAUCGCUCAAAACAUUAAUUCAAUAGCUCAAGUUGAAAAUUCAAUUGUUGAAAAUAAAAAUCCACCAACUCAAGCUCAAAAUUCAACAAGUGAAACUCAAACUUCAACACAGAAUUCGAAUAUUGAUCAUUUAUCUAAAUUAUGUGAAGAUAUUAUAAUGAGUGUUGAUGAUAAUCAAUCACAAUCAUUACCAACAACUAUUACAAAACCACCAACUUCACAAAACAAGUGUGCAGACAUUAAAAUACUUUCAAGCAAUGAAUCAUCUAGAGUACCAGCAACUAGUAAAGAGAUGGCUAAUGAUAGAUUGCCAUUGAAGAAACGUUUAAGUCACGAUUAUAGUUCACAUCAGUGUUCACCACCUAAAAAACCAAUGCGUCGAUUAGAAACUGAUAACAUUACUCCAGCUAAUGAUAUUGAAGUUGCAACUCCAGUAUCAACUGAAAAAAAUUGUGACAUCGCUGCUACUUUAAAUGAGUUAUCAGAAUCAUCAGAAACGUCAAGUGAAAAUCAAGAUACCGGUAGUAGUAUUUCAAAAGAAGAAGAUAAAACUGACAAUAAAAAUAAUUCAAUAGAAAAAAUAACCGAAACUAGACGUCCUCAAGUAUUAACAAUUAUUCCAGAAAAUGAGCUUGUCCUUUUGACUGAAUCGGAUGAAGAAAUUGUUGGUGAAAAAAAAAUAAUUGAUAACGUUGAAGACAAUGAAGGAAAAAAUGCGGAGAAUCAAAUAAAGGAGACGAUUAAUGAUUCUGAUCAAGUUCAUGAACAAGUUGCUGAUCAUCAAACAAAUGAAAAAAUGAUAGAAAUCGAUGAAGAUGAUGAUGAUGAUGAUGAUGAAGAUAAUAAUGGUUCAAGUGACAAAAGCAAUUUAAAUAAAUCUGAUAAAUCGGAAAAUGAAAUAAGUGUUGAAGAGCAAUUGAAUUUAGAAAAUGAAGUAUCUAGUUCAACAGAAAUAGAUACUGCGGAGGGAAAUAAAAAUUUAAAUACUAAUAAAAAGCCUGAUGAUUUAAUACCCUUGGAAAAUGAUGUCUCGACAAGUAUUGAUGAUAAAGUUGUUGAUGAGUUUAAUCAUCAGAGAAAGGAGAUUGAAUUAGUAACACUUGAUAGCGAAGAUGAGGAGACUGAUAAAGAAGCUGAUAUUGAAACAGAAAAAGAAGAUAAUGAUGAAGAUGAUGAUGAUAAUAAUAAAUCUGAUGGAUUUUCUUCUGGUGUUCCUUCAACGCAAGACAAAAUUGAAGAAGAACAAUUUAAAUACACACAGUCGUCAAUUGAUGAAGAAUUAGAUUGUUUUGCUAUUGCUGCUAAUUCAGCAAUAGUUGAUGAUGAUGUUGUUGUUGAUGAUAAAAAAUUAUUAUCGGUUAUUAAUAUUCCUAGUGAUGAUCCUGUGGACGAUGAACGCUCAAAAACACCACUAAUAAUGGGUGUUUGCAGCAUUACUCAAAAUGAUUUUGAAACCAUUGAUAAAUCAGUGCCACAAAUGAUAAUGGAGGAUAUUGUCGAUGUUACUGAUCAAGAAAUAAAAGCUUGUUUAUCAGAUAACGAAGAGGAUAUUAUUAAAAUGGAAAAAGAUAUUCAACAUAUCGCUAUUGAUCUCGAUUGAUAAAAUAUGAAUAGGGUAGAGGUACCAUUUGUGGUCACGGCCCCAUUUUUGGACAUUUAAUACUUUAUUUCCAUUAAUGAAAGUGUAAAAUAAAAUUUCCAUUUCAAUAGUGGAGUAAGAGAAUCUUUAAACAUAUUUAUAAAGUUAAUUAUGUUAUUACAUCUUUUGCAAAUUAUUUUAUUUAAAUUUUUCAAGUGUCCAAAACUGACCGUAAAGUGACCAAAAACGAUACCUCUACUCUGUAUUUAUUUAUUUACUUAUUUUAAUGUUUAAAAGAAAAAAAAAUUAUCAACUAUUUAAAGCAAAGACUGUGACAUAGUUAAGUAUUAUAAAUUAUUUUGUUUAAUUAUUAUUAUUAUUAUUAAGUAGUUAAAUUAAAACUCACAUUUAUUUAAAUAAUUAACUUGAGGAUUUUAUUUUCUCGUAAUUAUCCAAAGUUUAAAUAAUAAGUAAAAUUAGUUAAUUUGUU